AUGAAGCUGCCUGUUCUCUUUCUUUUGUUUUUCUUUCUGGACCUGUUGAGGACAGUAAAAGCUGACCUGAAAGACACCUAUUUUUGCUUUAUCAAGAAAGGUAAAUGUAGACAUGUGUGCAGUACUGUUAAAAAGAGAGUUGGUGCCUGCACAAAACUAAAUGCUAACUGCUGCAUCGUUAUGCCUGAAGAUCAAAGCACAGUGAGUAUAAAGAUUAGUAAUAAAGACAACUGGGUUCCCAGUCCUCCUACACAUCCAGGAUGUUCUUUUCUCUAA